CUCCAGUGACUCUGGAUCCCAACACAGCAUACCCUAAUCUGACACUGUCUGAGGAUCUAACAAGUGCGAGAAACUGCAGUGAUAGACAGCAGCUUCCUGACAACCCAGAGCGGUUUGAUACCUAUGCUUGUGUGCUGGGCUCUGAGGGAUUCACUUCAGGAAAACACUGCUGGGAUGUGGAAGUGGGGAGCAAUACCUACUGGGAUCUAGGUGUGUCAGAAGAGUCCAGCCAGAGGAAAGGGAGCAUCACUUGGAACCAAGAAGCAGGAUACUGGAUUAUAGGCCUGUUAAAUGGGAAUCAGUACUGGGCAGGGACCUCACCAGAGACACAACUCACUCUGGAGAAGAAACCCGAGAAGAUCAGAGUUCAGCUGGACUGUGAUAGGGGGGAGGUGGCAUUCUUUGAUACCAGUGAUAUGAGACCCAUCUACACUUUUAAACACACAUUUACAGAGAAAAUGUUUCCAUACUUCUGGGCUGGCUGUAUAGGCUCUGUCCCCAUCAGAGUGUGCCCUGUGAAGGCAGCUAUAAAAGUGGACUCUGCCAAUAGUAGGGAUAAAUAAUAAUAAUAAUAA